AGUAAAAGGGACAAUUCAUCAGUAUAGUACCGACUUUAGAUAUUUGUUAAAAACCAAGCCUAUGAGUUGUGGCAUUUUAAACAAUUUUUGAAAAUAUUCCGAAUUGAAACACCUGGAAACUUUUAGGCUAGCCAAAUUAUGACCAUCACCAACUGGUAUAAAUGGGCAAAUGAUGCCAUCAAGGCCGCUCCCCAGAUUAAGCCUAAGGUGAUACCCGGCUUCGAUUGUUUGGAUGACCGGCUGCAGGCUGUGUUGCGGGAACAGGGACCUCACAAAAAUUCCCUUAAACGGAAGCCGGCUGGUGGCGGUCAGAAGCAGGGGAAAGCGAAAAAAACCAAGGCAAGGAUUUCGUCACCGCGGUUUCAUAAGUACCAGAAACUAUACUCUGACAACCUCCAGGACCUCAAGCGUUGCGCUGCCGGCAAAUGCAACGAGUACAAGUUCCGGAGCAAGCCAGUGCCAAAUUUCGCGAGGUCCCACCAGCUUCUGCAGAAGCGCAAGCAGUACUUCACCUCCAUCAAGAAGCUAACUAAGCCAAAAUCUCCCCGAACUCUCGUCACGUCUAUGAAGGCCCUGAUCAAGCGCAACAACGAGGAGAGUAAAGAGCUCAGUCGGUUGGCGUCCAGAUCAGUACCGAAAAUCAAUUCGUCCAAAUCCAUGGACUAUAUGAUCCGCAAACCGUUUAAGCCUCAUACGGAAAUCUCCUUUACACGGCCGAAGCCUUUCCGUCUUCACACCUCGAAGCGGGCGUUAAUACGUUUUCUAUACGAUAAAGAGAAGCGAGUGCGGAUGGAGGAGCGCUUCUUGCAGCUGGCUAACGAAUGGUUAGAGUCGGAGAGAAGGGAGUAUUUUAGGCUACGUAAACUGACCAACUUUAAGGCCAAUCCAAAUCCCUGGAGAGAGAAACUAACCAACUUUAGACCCACUCCGAGUUCCUGGAAACCAGAUCGUGGAUAUUAUAAUAUUUGGCAAGGAAGCAAAAAUUAAUGAGUAAUUAAAAUAAAAGGUUUUUCUUUUGAUUCUUCGGAGGAUAAAGCA